AUGACUGAGUGUUGGGAAUAUGACGAGGACCCUAAACUAGAUCGGAAAGCGGAGCUUGACAUAUUAGCUUUUUGGAAAGAAAAUGAGCAUCGAUAUAAAGACCUUUCUCAUUUGGCUAGAGAUAUUUUGGCCGUGCCCCUGACAACCGUCGCUUCCGAAUCAACUUUCAGCAUCUGGAGUCGAGUAUUGAAUAAAUGGAAAAGUUCAUCAAUUCCUGAAAAAUUGGAGGCUUUAAUAACAACUCGUAAUUGGAUGUACUCUUUUGAAAUGAAUGCUUCUGCUAAUAUAAUAUCUGCCAAUAUUAAUACUAUACCCAUGCUUGAUGGGACAAACUUUAAGAGUUGGAAAGAGAACGUUAUGAUCGUUCUUGGUUGCAUGGAUCUAGACCUUGCUCUUCGGGUAGAGCGCCCCAUUGCUCUUACGGAUUCUAGUUCCUCUGUUGAAAAGGGGAAUAUGGAGAAGUGGGAACGCUCAAAUCGCAUGAGUCUUAUGAUCAUGAAACGUGCAAUUCCAGAAUCAUUCAGGGGCACUAUGUCCGAAGAGGAUGAUGCCAAAUCGUUCCUUACAAAACUUGAAAAGCUUUUUGAUAAAAAUGAAAAGGCAGAAAUAAGUACUCUCUUGAGUAGUCUUGUUUUCCAAAAGUAUGAAGGAACAGGGAACAUAAGGGAGUACAUUAUGGAAAUGUCUCAUAUUGCUUCAAAAUUAAAGGCACUAAAGUAAGAGCUGUCUGAUGACUUGCUCGUGCAUUUGGUUUUGAUAUCUCUUUCUAAACAGUUCAGUCAGUUUAAGGUCAGUUAUAACUGUCAAAAGGAGAAAUGGACUCUAAAUGAGCUCAUUUCUCAUUGUGUUCAAGAAGAAGAGAGAUUGAAGCAAGAAAAGACAAAAAGUGCUCACUUGACAUCUUCCUCUAAGGAUGGCAAGAAAAGGAAGAAGGGUAAGGAUGCGGUUUCGCAACCAUAAAAGAAGCAACAUAAGGAAGAUAAGGAUGAAACUAAAGCAUCUGGAUGCUUCUUCAGUGGUGGGAUGACUCACUAGAAGAAACAAGGCACUAAGUACCACGCAUGGUGUGCGAAAAGGGGUUGCCUGAAUUGCCGAAAACCAAGUGAUGGUGAAAGAUACAUCUUUGUGGGUGAUGGCAAGGCAGUUGAAGUUGAAGCUAUAGGCAUUUUUAGGUUGUCAUUAAAGACUGGAUAUCAUUUGGAUUUGAAAAAGACUUUUGUUGUACCGUCUUUUAGGCGGAAUUUGAUUUCUAUUUCUAUAUUGGACAAAUCUGGUUAUCUU